AUGCUGGAAGUUCACUGCUCAGGCACACCUUAUGAGAUCGGCUAUCAACAUGGCACAGCUGCAAAGGACAAAGUCGUAGGAUCCAUCGCCUUUUACAAAGACCUGUUUCAAGAAUCAUGUUCCAUGAACUGGGAAGCAGUACGUCAAGAGGCUCAACAGUAUAUCCAACCCCUGCUGAAGCUAUCACCACGCUACGUUGAGGAGCUUCAGGGCUUAGCAGACGGCGCGGGCUUUGAGCUGGUGGAUAUCGUCGCUCUCAACGUUCGAACAGAGAUUACAUUCGGCUUAUAUACUCGAGUCCCCAGUGCACCUAUUCAAACUGAUGGCUGCACAAGCGCUGCGUAUCGUCAGCCUAACGGGGAAGUUCUCCUUGCGCAGAACUGGGAUUGGCAGCCUGAACAGGCACCGAAUCUUUUCGUCUGUCAUAUCUCUCAGCCUGGAACAGAUGUACCUGAUAUCUCUAUGGUGACUGAGGGAGGUGUGAUUGGUAAGAUCGGUAUUAACUCCUCUGGCGUAGGAACCUGUCUGAACGCCAUCCGAGCUCGAGGCGUUGAUAACACUAAAAUUCCCAUCCAUCUCGCCCUAAGAACAGCUUUGGAAUCAAAUUCGGCACGCGAGGCAGCCGAUAAGCUGUAUGCGAAGGGCACGGCUGGAAGUGGUCAUAUUCUCGUGUCAGAUCCAUCGGAAGCUAUAGGCUUGGAAUGCACCAGCAUAGGGAUCAAGGAGAUCAACUUUGACGGCGACGGAACACUUGUUCAUACGAACCAUCUACUCCUUGACCAUCCCGGAGUAGAUGAGCCCGGCUGGAUACCAGAUUCCAAAGACCGUAUCAAGCGCAUCGCACAGCUUCUUGAUGAGAGAUUAGCCACUUCAACCAUCGACCAUUCUUCAUUCUUGGAGUUUUUCAAGGAUGAGCAAGGAUAUCCGACAGCCAUCAACCGUGAUCAGUUCUCACCCGGAAAUGGCAAAGCGACACUUUUCACCAUUAACAUGGACCUGGCCAAGAGAAAAGCGAUCGUCACCAUGGGAAGGCCAACGAAUUGGACUGAAAGAAUUGAACUAUCACCAGGCUCAGCUUAG